AUGUCUACACCAAAACAACCAACCCCAACAUCCACAACAUCCCCCCUCCUCACCUUCCUAGCCCUCUACCUAACAACGCUCUUCUCCCUCGACACCUGGGCCGCCGCGCGCAACUCGCCGCACCGCGCGCCCGGCUCGUCGUCCUUCUACCGGCCCGCGACCGUGGCGCCUGCGCCGGACAGUUAUCAGGGGGGCAUGCAUGGGCGGGGAAACGCUGGGCCAAGGAGUGGCGGAGGGGGAGGUGCGCGGGGAGGGAGUGCGGAUGUGGGACGUGUGGAUACGAGGGCGCCGGUUAGGAUGGGGGGGACGGCGGCGUGUGGUGCUUGUUUGACGUAGUGUGGUGGGGAUAGCUGGAGGUGAAUGGGUGGGAAGAUUGAUUAUCUCGCUGUUGGGGUUUUGGGUUACUGGUGUUUGGCUGAGGACGUGUGUAGAAGUUGAGGGCAGUUGCAUUGUGCGAGUAUCUAUGUUCACAAUCGGCGUUAUAUUGAUGUCUUGCGUCCUGUACUGAUACAUACGACCAUAGGACGUUGAAAACAAGGCUUCCCGUUCGCUCAGCCCUAUUUAAGCAACGUACCGGCGGACUAGUAGUAGCGAAUCCCCGCUGUUGUAUGUAUAUCUUUUUGCAAAUUCAUGCAAAUCUAUCUUUUU